AAUUUACAUAAUCUUACUAGUACUAAUUUUGAAUCUAGUCUAGUUACUAGUAGUAGUCACUAGGCAGUAGCUAUCAGUAUCUUGUUUUGGAAAGGAAGUGCCAACUCUCUGUGACAAUUGUCAGUAACUUUGUCUUAAAAAAGGCUUACUGUAAUAAAAGCUUCUCCCAUAUCUUCACACUAAACGACAAUACACAGACAGUCUCCUCUGUGUGACGAACUCAUCCUGUUUCUAUGCCACUUUUAAAUAUUCACAACCUUUACAUUGCUUCAUCUCUACACUUUCCCACUUCCCCUUUUCCUCCUCCUUCUUCUUCUUCUUCUUCUUCUUCCACAAAUUUAACUGUUUACUUUGCUACUUUUUUUUUACUAGUUCUUGAUUGACACCAAUAGUGGUUAUGGAGAGAAAAGUGAUAAUAAUUUGUGGGGUUGUGGGAUUUCUAGGGAUAUUAUCUGCUGUUACUGGUUUUGCUGCUGAGGCCACAAGGAUUAAGGGUUCUCAGGUCCGAGUUCCGUCUCCUUCAGAAUGUAUAUAUCCAAGGAGUCCUGCAAUGGGUCUUGGAUUAACUGCUUCUGUUGCUCUUAUGGUUGCUCAAAUAAUUGUCAAUGUAGCAAGUGGAUGUGUCUGCUGCCGGAAAGGUCCGCAUCAAUCAGCUUCUAAUUGGACACUAGCACUAAUAUGUUUUGUUGUAUCCUGGUUUACAUUUGUUAUAGCAUUUCUAUUAUUGCUAACGGGUGCAGCACUCAAUGAUCAGCAUGGUGAAGAGAGCCUGUACUUUGGCAACUACUAUUGCUACGUUGUAAAGCCUGGAGUAUUCGCUGGAGCUGCUGUCUUGUCCCUUGCCAGUGUUGCUCUUGGAAUCGCCUAUUAUAUUUCCUUGACAUCUACAAAGAACAUCAAUGAUUCAUGGCAUCCACCAGCUCCAGGUCAAGGUGGCAUUGCAAUGGGACACCCACAAUUUCCUUCACAGACCAGCCAGGAGCCAGUUUUUGUGCAUGAAGAUACUUAUAUGAGACGCAUAUCAACAUGAUUGUCCAUAGACCGGUUUAAACAUAAGGAAUGGAGGAGUGAAGGGUGAAAGACUUAAUCUUCUGUAUGUGGAACCCUCUCCUUUGUGAGCAUAUCAUACUAUUUUUUGUUUUUCUUUUGCUAUGGUAGUGAGGGCUUAAUUUUGUCUGUAAUUUGUAGCCUUACAUGUAUCUCGAGGUGACGUGUGUGUAAUCCAACAAUGCAACAUACUCCUAUGAACUCUGUAGUUUCAGAUAGCUAUCAUUAGUAAUGGUUCUUGCUCUACUUUCACAGAGUUGAACUGUGGGGAAGAACAGAAGGAAAACUGUCACUAUUGGCUUCACUUGAACUUCUGAACUAAUUUACCGGACAACUGAAUUUUUAUGUUUA